AUGAGACAUACCACUGAGGAUAACCCUAAAUGUUUUAUUUCUGAUGAUGAUAUUGAGGAGAGUUUGAAUGAAUGGAAAUACAGUUUAAUCGGAAGAUUGGAUUUCAUUAAAUUGAAAAUUCAAACAACAUAUUCUAUUUUAAGGAAGCAAUGGAAAACAAGAGGUUCAAUUCAGUUAAUACCCUUGGGUAAAGGUUUUUUUGUUAUUAAACUUGAUAAUGAAGAGGAUAAACAACAUAUUUGGAGUGGUGAUUGGAAGGUUGAAGACCAGAGUUUGAAAUUAAGAGUCUGGGAACCUAAAUUUAAGCCAGAGGAACAAAAAUCAACUUCUGCUUUUGUGUGGGUUCAAUUUCCAAGACUCGGUAUGGAAUACUGGAAAGAAAAGAUCAUUCUAAACAUGGGAAAUUCUUUAGGUCGUUCGAUUAAAGUGGAUGAAACAACUCUUAAGAGAGAAAUAGGUUAUUAUGCAAGUGUUCUGGUUGAAAUGGAUGUGUCAAAAUUUAUUCCUAACAAGAUAAGGGUUGAAUCAAAGUAUGGUAGUUUUGAACAAAGAGUACAUAUUCCAAAGGUGAAGAAUAAAAACAAAGUUGGUUUUGAUAUUUGCUUUGGUGAAGAAGAAACAUCUCAGAAUUCUCAACAUACUCAUUCACUGGAUAGUGAAGAUGAGAUUAUUGAUGCCAUAAUUCCUCCAAUUUCACAAGGUGGUGGUGGUGAAACUUUAGCUGGUAGUUUUCAAAAUGCAAAUGAAGAAGAGGUUAAUUCUGUGAUACCUCCUCUGGUGAAAACUGGCUCAAAUGUAGAAAAUAAUCAAGUAAAGCAGAAGGCAGGUACUAAUGUGACAACCAGAAAACAAGCUGCAAGUUUAGUAUCAACUUUCAGUAAAAAUGGGAACCUGAGAAGAGAGCCAAAAAUAAGAUAUUCUACAGAUUUCAUCAAAAAAUUGAAGUUAUCUGGAAUGUACUAUGAAGUAAUACAUAAUUCCACUGAUGAGAAUAAAGGUAAUAUAUGGAUUCUUUGUAGUGCUUCAAUAAAACCUCCAACAAUAAUUUCAUGCACACGACAAGAAAUAACAAUUGCAGUUGGUGAUACUUUAAUAACUGGAGUUCAUGUUGCAUCUUUAACUGUAGAUAGAAGAGAACUGUGUAAUAAUAUGGAAGAAAUAAAUUCUUUAAAUAAACCAUGGCUUGUAAUUGGGGACUUUAAUGUUGUAACUUGCCAGGAUGAAAAGGUAGGUGGUCUAAAACCUUUAAGAAUCUCAAUGUUGGAGUUUAAUAACUGCUUAAAUAGAUGUGUUCUAAUUCAAUCACCAAAAACUGGAUUAGAGUUCUCUUGGUGUAAUAACAUAGUUGGAAGAAAAAGAAUUGUUUGCAAUCUUGACAGGGUUGUAUUUAAUGACAAAUGGUUGGAAUUAUAUCCAAGUUUGGGUCACAAAGUUGGUGCAAGGGGCAUUUCUGAUCUUGGUGUUUUGUAUGGUGCUAAUGCUGACAUUCCAAAGCCAGAGAAUGUUCUUUUCAGAGCAUUAAAGGUAUCGAAAAACCAUCCUUCUUUUAAACAAGCAAUCAUUGAUUCUUGGAGUUCAGAAAUUUUUGGAAAUCCUGGUUUUAUAUUCAUGAGUAAACUAAAAAGACUCAAAAAACAUAUUCAAAUAUGGAACUUGAAUUCUUUUGGAGAUGUUACAAAAAAACUGAAACAAGUAGAGGAAGAUGUUUUGAAAGCAACUCUUUUGUCUGACAGAAAUCCUUUGGACUUACAUCUUCUCAAUAAUGUUAUUGCAACAAAAGGAAAACAGGAGUUAUUAUUAGAUCAACAAAAAGAAAUCAUUCAGCAAAAAUCAAGAGUGAAAUGGUUAAAAGAAGGAGCUGCAAAUACAAGAUUUUUUCAUGAAGUAACUUUUGCUACAAACAUUUUUAAUGAUAUUCCUAUUGUGGUGAACGAAGAUGAAAAUUCUCUCCUUGAAGCUAUUCCAAAAGCAGAUGAAAUAAGAGAAGCAGUUUUUGAAUUAAAUCCAGAUAGUGCUCCUGGUCCAGAUGGCUUUGCUGGAUGGUCCUAUAGAGAAGUAUGGGAGAUAAUUGGGAAAGAUUUUAUAAAUGCAAUCCAGUUUUGGUGGAGUAGAAGAUUCAUUCCUAAUGGUCUAAAUGCAAAUUUCUUAUUACUCCUCCCAAAAGUUAAAAAUGUUAAAAGAGCAAACCAAUUUAGGCCAAUUGGAUUGAUGAAUUUCAGUUUUAAAGUAAUCACAAAAAUAAUUACAAAAAGGCUAACUGAAAUUAUCAAGAAAGUGGUAUCUCCUCAACAGGGUGCUUUCAUUAAGGGGAGAAAUAUUCAAGAGAAGAUUGCAUUGGCCUCUGAAUUAGUAAAUGACAUGGAAUACAAGAGAAGAGCUGAUGAUAUCUUUAUAUUCGGCAAUGCUGAUAAGAGAAAUGUGAGAAAACUAUUGAAGGUUUUACAAGACUAUCAAGCUGCUUCUGGUCAAGUGAUUAGCUUAGAAAAAAGCAAAUGCUUUAUUGGUGGUACAAGUGAAGCAAGAAAACUUGAAAUUCCAAAAGUUUGUAAUAUGCCACUCUCAAAAUUCCCUGACAAGUAUUUGGGAGUCAUGCUGGAACCAAGAAGAAUAAAAUCCAUUCAUUUAUGGAGCAUAGUAGAGAUGAUGCAAGAAAAUUUGGCUGGAUGGAAAGGAAGAUUACUUUCAUUCCAAGAAAGAUUAAUUUUAGUAAAAUUUUUAUUAUGUAGUCUUUCCAUAUAUACAAUGGCAGUGUAUAAAUGGCCUAAAACAAUAAUCAAGGAAUGUGAAAGUAUCAUCAGAAACUUUGUCUGGACUGGUGAUCCUUCCACAAGAAAAGUGAUUACAUUAAAAUGGGGUUCAGUUUGUUCUCCCAUGGAUGAAGGUGGACUAGGUCUGAGAAGAUUGGAAAUACUUAAUAAACCCCUGUUAAUGAAGUUAUAUUGGAAAAUUCUAAAUGGAGAAGAUGAAAUGUCAAGAUAUUUUCAAGCAGAGUAUCAAGACAAAAAUAGUGAUUGGAUUCAGUAUUAA